AUGAAAUAAAUUAUCAUUUUAGCAUUACUCCUAAUCUUGGUUCUUGGAGAUUAACAUCAUAAUAGAAACAACCAUUAGAGACACAAGAAAGGACAUGUAUUUAAGUGGGUUUUGAUCACCUUACUUUCAAUUGGGGCUUUUCUGGUUAUUAGAAAAAUAAUAAGAAAAAGAAGACAAAUGAAAAGAAUGAAAAAGCAAGGCCAUAAUAACUUAUCAGAUACUGUGGCUUUUGGUGAACCAACGAAUGACAAUGUUCAACAACCUUAAUUUUAUGCUGUUCCUAUUGAAUAAUAUGAACAAUAUAAAAAUUGGAUGAAACAAUAAAAACAACAAUAAGAAGCCUUAUUAUAACAAUAAUAAUAAUAGAUUCAAUAACAAUUAUUGUUAUAAUAAUAAUAGGCUGCUCAAAAUACUUAAAUUCCUUAAUAACCUGUAGCUGGUUAUCCAAUAUAUCAACAAUAUCCUCAAUAAAUGCCAACUAUAGUAUACCCUUAAUUAUUGAGCAAGAGUUAUGUUGAGACCUAAUUGCCCGAUGUUAAAGGUCCAUAAUGA